AUGAGUACUUCCAACGUGGCCAGCGGCAGCACGGCGGCCGGUGCCGCCGGUGGCUCCGGGUCGGGCUCCAGUGGGCCAUGCGGGGCAUGCAAGUUUUUGAGGAGGAAGUGUGUGGUGGGCUGCAUAUUUGCCCCGUAUUUUGACUCGGAGCAAGGGGCUGCCCAUUUUGCGGCGGUCCACAAAGUGUUUGGGGCCAGCAACGUGUCCAAGCUGCUCCUCCACAUACCGCCGGCCCGCCGCUUGGAUGCGGUUGUCACGAUUUGCUACGAGGCCCAGGCCCGUCUCAGGGACCCAAUUUAUGGAUGCGUGGCCCACAUCUUCGCCCUCCAUCAACAGGUGGUCAAUCUUCAAGCUGAGCUCAACUACCUGCAGGCCCACCUCGCCUCCCUGGAGAUCCCGAAUCCGCCACCGGCGCCGCCACAGCCGCUGUUCACGCCGCCGCAAAUCCAGUCGGUUUCCGAUCUGCCGGUGGUGCCGGCGGCUUACGACCUGUCGUCGUUUUUCGACAACCCCUCGUUGGCCCUCUACCAGCGUCAGCUUCCGAACGUAUCCCCAGCCGGAAGAGUCCCGCCGGAGCUUCCAUCGUCGACCGCCAGCGGAGGCGGCGGCGAUCUUCAGGAGUUGGCGCGUGAGCUUCUGAGCAGGCACGCGCCGCCUGUAAUGCCCUGCAGAGAUCAUCAAGUUUCAGCUUUGCCGCCACAUUCGAGGUGA